AUGGAGCUCAAAGGUUCUUGCCACUGUGAAAAAGUCAAAUUUUCUGUCACUUCGCAUACUCCUUGCCCAUUUAUGCGCUGCUACUGCUCGAUUUGUCGCAAAUGUCAAGGCGGCGGUGGUUUUGCCAUCAACAUUAUGGGCUUGCACAAAACCCUCAAGGUGGAGCAGGGAUCGGAAUAUCUCAAAGGAUAUCGUGCUUUGCGUGACAAGAAGAGUGGAGAGCUUUGUGGCAAUAUACGAUACUUUUGCAGUGAAUGUUGCCACCUUUACGCGUACUGUGAGGAAUAUGCGGACCUUGUUUACCCGAUGGCCUGUGCCAUCGAUACACCAUUGCCAGCCGUGGACUACGACGACAUCUAUCACAUCAUGUUGAACAAGGAUUCCAAGGCAAACUGGGCUAUUGCUCCUGAACCCAAUCCAAAGAAGCAUGCGUAUAGCGAGUAUCCCGAUAUUUCAUUGGAGGAAUGGCACAAACACAACAACCGUCUUGCUUAA